AUGGCACGAGUAAGCCCCAAUUGCAUAUUUGGAUGUGCGUGUCUAGUGGUUUCUCUGGCAUUCAUAGGGUUCUCAGUUUGGUUACAUUUCAGCGACAUCCCUACUCUCUGUGUCAAAGUGUUGGAGAAGCCUUCGUUGAUACUGGGAUUGAUUGUACUGAUUUCUUUGGGUUUUGGAUUGAUUGUGGCCUUCUAUCCAGUCAAAUUUAUCUUCUGGAUAUCUAAGAUCUUGUACUGUUUGAACCUUUUGGGACUCCUCUAUUUUGCGGUGUUCUCAAUUUUGGUCACCAAUAGAAAUGUGAGCAGGGCUUUAUUUGGGAGAGAUGGAAAUUACUCGGAUUACUUGUUGGAGAAGUAUGUGAUGAAUGCAGAGCAGAUUAAGAGUUGUUUGGUUGAUUUCCAAGUUUGUCCGAAUAUACCUACGGGCAAAGGGGCUGAAUUUUACAAAUAUAGCCUCUCUCCUGCUCAGUUGAGUUGUUGCAUUUUACCUGCUCAGUGCACCUUGGUGCUUCAAAAUGAUACUUACUGGAUUAUGCCCAAAGCAGGGCCAGCAGUAGCAAAUAAUGACGGCAAGAACUGGAGUACCGUAGAGAGCGAGCUUUGCUUCAACUGUCAAUCAUGCAAGACAGCAUCCUAUAAUAUCAUCAAGAAACAUUGGAAGAUCACAUCAUUCAUCACUCUUUUCAUAGUCUUUGUUUGUUGUGUUGACUUCUGUGCUCUCAAAAUCAAGAACAGAUCAAAGGGACCCCAAAGGAACAAAGUAUACCCUGUUUGA